AUGGUUGAUAGUACCGUGAAGACGUGGAUACCGAGCUGUAUAGCCUCAACAGUGCCCUCAGCUAAUGCAGAUCAAGUCACCGAGUCGGAAGCUCCUUUGGCUCCAGUUUCUGAGAGCGAAGUGAAUGCUCAAAGCUUCAAAAGCGCGGAAUGGACUCCAGAUGGCACCACUCUUUUGACAGACUCUGCAGAUCAUCAUAUCAGAACAUUUAUUCUGCCGCCAGAUCUUCUUGACUCACCUUCUGUCCAUCAUCUUUCUCCAUAUUCAACGCUCCCUUCAGUAGAGCCAACAUAUGCCUCUGCUGCUUACCCUUUCUUCAAUCUUCAGGACCCAUCGACAACUCUCUUUCUUUCAUCUGUGAGAGAUCACCCGAUCCGGCUGGCUUCGGCCCUUGCUCCUGUAUCGGUAGCAAGCUACUCACUGGUAAAUCCGACAACUGAAGCCUUCAUCACUCCCCACUCCAUCAUAUAUCCAUCCUCUCUUGGGGGAACACACUUCCUCACUGGCUCAGAUAGCCUCAUUUGUCUCUUUGAUGUUUCUCGACCUGGAAAGGAUGGCCCUGUCUCAUGGUUGCCAACCAUCCCAAGUAAGCGCAAACAGAUCGUCGGUGGCGGUAUUGGCAUGAAGGGUAUUGUUUCGGCCUUGGCUGUCAGUCCCACUGGUGACGGGAUCUUAGCUGCCGGCACAUUCACCAGACAGGUUGGCCUCUACAACUCCAACGGCUCUGGGGAGCUCUUGGGGACAUUCAGCAUUGCAAAGACCGAGGCCAAUCGGGUUAUUGGAGGGAAGGGUAUCACUCAGCUUGUCUGGAGCCCUUGUGGGCGGUACUUGUACAUCGCAGAGCGAAAAAGUGACGGUGUGCUUGUUUAUGACGUUCGGGUGACAGGGCAAAUGCUCGGAUAUCUGCGAGGACGCAGAGCCAUGACGAAUCAGCGUAUGAGUAUUGAUGUUGUUGCUGCUGGUGUUGAUGGUGCUCACGAGGUCUGGGCAGGUGGGACUGAUGGCUUCAUGAGAGGAUGGAAAAAUCCUAUGUAUGCCGCGGGUGGGCAAGAUCCCGAAUGGGAGAUGAAGGUUCAUGAUGAUACCGUCAGCAGUGCUGUGUUCCACCCCACGGGAAGUGUUGUUGCUACCUGUUGUGGUCAGCGCAAUGAUCCAAGUAGCCCGAGUGACAGUGAUCCGAACAAAAUUAAUCAGAGAAAGGGGGAGAACAGUGUCAAAAUAUGGACAUUGCCUUCAUGA